AUGGGCAAGGUAAUUGCCAAGUUUGGCUUCAAAAGCGGUAUCCUCCCCAAGCCAAGGCCAAUCCUAAAGCACCCCACAGUUAACAUGACAGCAAAGGUGCAGGAGGCGCUAGCCCCCAAGCCCAAGGGCCCCAGCGGCGUUGGCUAUGCAGACAAUAUUGCGCACCCGGCCGGGUCCCGCAGGGAGCCGGAACCCGUGAAAUUCAUCGACGUUGAGCAGAUGAUCAAGGCCACCGUGCCGGAGCCGCAGCAGGCGCGCCAGCCGGCGAGCGAGCAGCAGGCCGCCAAGAACCGCAUUGCGGCGAUGCGCCGUGAAUACCUGUCGGAUGCCUUCCGCGCAGAGGAGCGCCGCUUGUUGCGGCAGGAAGAGCUGCUGCGGCAGCGCCAGCAGCUGCUCGAGGAAGAGAGCCAGCGCCAGCUCGCCGAGGCCACCCGCGAGCGCGCUAGCGACCUCACCAUCCCCACGCUUGAGGAGCUCGUCAACGAGCCGCUCAUGCGCCAGCGCACGCCCGAGGAGCAGAAGCUCGUCGACAUGAAGCGCAAGCACAACCGCGAGGUCCUCGCGCUCCGCAUACAGGAGCGCCGCAUGGCCCAGCUCGUCUCGCUCUACCACGCCGCCGAGGAGUACAUCGUCACCGAGCCUCAGCUGCUGCGCCACAUCGACGAGGUCUUCUCCUCCGAAAACGCGCAUACGCUCAAGAACCGCCCGCUCGUCAGCGCCUCCGGCCGCGAGAACGAAAACGAGCGCGCCGUGCUGGACACCCUGUUCGGCACCGUCGCUGCAGGCCGCUUCGACGGCCUCCCCGCCGUCCGCGACUUCCUCGCCGGCGAGCAGCGUGCUGCCGCCAGCGCUCCGGCCCCGGACUCUGCCAGCCAGCCUCCUGUAAAUUAA